AUGGCGGCGCAGCGGGCUGUUAAGAUUGAGAUUACGGCCACAGACACAAGAUUCUACAUCAGAUACAUUGGAGAGGACCCAAACUUCCACAGAGCUUGCACAGCGCUGCAUUACGAUGAGAUCGAAUGGAAUUAUAACCAGCUCUAUCGCCGAGAAAGCGAUGAUACCAUUUCUGUUCAUUUCCCAGGCUAUCGCCCUGAAGUCAAGCACUCGGAGGGAUCAUAUCAAGUAUCGCUUCUUCCAAAUUUCAGGGAGGAGAUUCUACCGAUAUUUAGAUUCCCCGCCGCAUUAUUAGAGAAAGAGUCUGGAGAGAUUCUUGGCCUCAGCAUUCCCGAUAGCUACACGUAUCAAGAAUGGCGCCAAGCUGUCACCUCCCCUCCACCAGCAAUGGAAUCUAGUUUACAAGAGGUAUACCCUUACAAUCCUUCUACGUCUAUCACACGUCCUGUGUUCAAUACAGAGCCGCCCACAAGAUUCAAAUCGGCCUUCGCCAGGCUAAUGACUACUAUGCACGCCUUGGCUGCAGCGUUUUCCAGCAAAUGGGGUCGAAUAUUCAAGAGGAAAAGUAAAAUAAAAUCUGACCAAGGAAGCGCUCAUGCAGGUAUUGAGACAACUAUGGAUGCUUUGGAGCAAGGUGAUCGUUAG